AUGCACCUGACGCCCGCCGGUUGCCCCUGGAAGGAACACUUCUUCGAACUGGAAAAAGAGCUGAGUGUAGAAGAGGACGCCACGCUGGAGAAGUCGCAUCUACCUUUCAGUAAACGAGCUGUCUUCCUCGUCACUGAUCGCACUAACGACUUCUCCGUCACCGCAAUUCCUGUCUCCACAGAUCAACCCUUCUCACAGCGGUAAGUCGCUCUUGGUUUCUAGCCUCCACUGGUUUCUGCUGGACGGGGUGCCAGUAAAUGUGUGAUGGCUCUGUCCGGCGCUAAGCAUGACCAGCUAAUGUCGAGCAUUGGCCGUUUAGGCAUGCACACUACAUCGUGGGUCCCUAUGGCGGAUAAUGGUGCUAGAUGAUGUACUGCCAAAAAUCAUCGUCACGGUGAAGGCUUAUUAUCGCUGCACCACCAUGCGAGUCCCGGUCCGCAACAAUCUUUCCCAACCGUUCAGUAUUCGGUCUGACGUUCGACAGGGUUGUAUCCUGUCGCCUAUUCUGUUCAGUUACACUAUUGACUGGGUUCUCGGUUUGGCCCUACACGAAGGCGACGGUGUUGAAUUUGCACCCGGACACUGA